CCGGCGCCGUUAACUUCGCGCACGUUGCGCACAUAGAAUUAGCGGCUUUUUUUUUUUUUCCUUUUUCUUUCUUUUGCGGAACGAUAAGAUACGCGCGUCGCGUGUUACUUCGCCGGGAAGCCGCGCCGCGGUUUUUUUCCGCCUCCGCGGCCGCGCGCGGCGGGGCCGAAGGCGCACCGGCCGGCGGCUCCGGAGGACCCGACUAAACCGCCUUUUGUGUGACUCCGUGGACCCGCGCGGCGUGUGCGAGGUGUCCUCGUUGUGCGCGCGUGUGCGUGUACGUGUGCGUGCUGCAAAGACAGGGAGAGGGAAUAAGUGCCGAACGCCGCGUGCUCUCCGUCCCGCCGCGUCCUCUCCGCCCGGAGAUACGACAACUUCCCCGCGUCAUCCGGGAGGAGAAGCGCCCGCGGCUCCUGCGCCUGUUUGUUUGCUGUUUUUUUUUUCGGUUGCUUUUUUAUUUUUAUUUUCCAGAGACCAAAAAAAACCCCGCUUCUUUCUUUCGGCUCCGUCUCGAAGCCUCUCGCGUUGGGAAUGAAAACGCGCGGCGCGCUGUGGGAACUAAACUACCGCGGUUCCGUUUGUUGCUUCACCGCCGGGAGCUCAAAGUCCGUCGGGUGUCGGUUCUCUCCGGCUGGCAUUGCAUGAAGAUGUGCCCCCCACCACGCACACACUCUGUUCGAUAACUUAACUCGAGAAAUGGUUCUAUUCGAUUAGUUGAUCGAUUGCAUCCUCAGUGUGUGUGUGUGUGUGUGCGUGCGAACACGUGACCCCCCCGCGGUAAAUGGCGUGCUCGGUGUGUUUGUUGGCCAGGUGGCGAUCCCAGCCAGCGAGUCAUGUCCAGAUCGGGCGACAGAACAUCCACCUUCGACCCCACGCACAGUGACACCCUGCUGCACGGGCUCAACCUCCUGUGGAGAAAACAGCUGUUCUGCGAUGUGACCCUCACCGCCCAGGGGCAGCAGUUCCACUGCCACAAAGCCGUGCUGGCCUCCUGCUCCCAGUACUUCAGAUCCCUCUUCUCCUCCCAUAACGUCAUCAACAAUGAGGGGAGCAAAGGGGACCAGGGCAGCAGCGGGACCCCCUCGUCCUCGCCAGACGACAAGCUGGCCACCCCCGGCUCCAGGCCCAUCAACAACCUGGUCCUCCAGGGCUGCUCGUCCAUCGGACUACGGUUGGUGCUGGAGUACCUGUACACCGCCAACGUGACUCUUUCCCUGGACACGGUGGAAGAGGUGCUGUCGGUGAGCAAGAUCCUCAACGUCCCCCAGAUCACCAAGCUCAGCGUGCAGUUCCUCAACGACCAGAUCUCCGUGCAGAACUACAAGCAGAUCUGCAAGAUCGCCGCUCUCCACGGCCUGGACGAGACCAAGAAGCUGGCCAACAAGUACCUGGUGGAGGACGUGCUGCUGCUGAACUUUGAGGAGAUGUGCGCCAUGCUGGAUGCUCUGCCGCCCCCGGUGGAGUCGGAGCUGGCGCUGUUCCAGAUGUCAGUCCUCUGGCUGGAGCAUGACCGGGAGACUCGCAUGCACUACGCGCCGGACCUCAUGAAGAGGCUGCGCUUCGCCCUCAUACCUGCCCCGGAGCUGGUGGAGAGGGUGCAGUCCGUUGACUUCAUGAGGACUGACCCCGUGUGCCAGAAGCUACUCAUGGACGCCAUGAACUACCACCUGAUGCCCUUCAGGCAGCACUGCAGGCAGACCACGGCCAGCAGAAUCCGUUCCAAUAAGAGAAUGCUGUUACUGGUGGGUGGUUUGCCUCCUGGACCCGAUCGUCUCCCCAGCAAUUUGGUCCAGUACUAUGACGACGAGAAAAAGACAUGGAAGAUCCUCACAAUAAUGCCUUACAACAGCGCCCAUCACUGCGUGGUGGAGGUGGAGAACUUCCUGCUGCUGCUGGGCGGAGAGGACCAGUGGAACCCAAACGGGAAGCACAGCACUCAUUUCGUCAGCCGCUACGAUCCCAGGUUCAACAGCUGGAUUCAGCUGCCCCCGAUGCAGGAGAGGAGAGCCAGUUUCUUCGCCUGCCGCCUGGAGAAGCACCUGUACGUGGUGGGCGGUAGAAACGAGAGCGGCUACCUGUCCAGCGUGGAGUCCUACGACCUGGAGACCAACGAGUGGAACUACCUGUCGCCUCUGCCGCAGCCUCUGGCCGCCCACGCGGGAGCCGUGCACAACGGGAAGAUCUACAUAUCGGGAGGAGUUCACAAUGGAGAGUAUGUGUCCUGGCUCUACUGUUACGACCCCGUAAUGGACGUGUGGGCACGGAAACAGGAUAUGAACACAAAGCGGGCCAUUCAUGCCCUGGCUGGAAUGAACGACCGCCUGUACGCGAUUGGUGGAAACCAUUUGAAAGGUUUCUCCCACCUGGACGUGAUGCUGGUGGAGUGCUACGACCCGAAGGCCGACCAGUGGAACAUCCUGCAGACGCCCAUCUUGGAGGGGCGCAGCGGGCCGGGCUGCGCCGUGUUUGACGACAGCAUCUUCCUGGUGGGGGGCUACAGCUGGAGCAUGGGGGCCUAUAAGUCUUCCACCAUCUGCUACAGCCCAGAGAAGGGAACGUGGACAGAGCUGGAGGGGGAGGUGGCGGAGCCCUUGGCGGGCCCGUCCUGUUCCACCGUCACGCUGCCGGCCUGCCUUCCCUUUAACAAAUGACAACUAAUCCGGCCGAGGGGCGGCGCCGACUGGGAGGAGGACCAUCGAUGAGCGGGAGCGGUCGUCGACCAUUUUUGUGACAAAACCCUCCAGCCAGACGGCGGGCGGGGGAGGGGGUGUGUAUAAAUUAUUUUUUUACAGGUUUGACCAGAGCACUUUCGUUAUUCCUCACUGGAGGUUUUAAAAAAGCAAGAAAAAAGUAAAAAAAGAAGAAGAAUUGCGUAACUCAUGUAUUUAAACUCAUCUGUGUUCUGAGAAAUGGUUCCUUCCAUAUUUGAUUUAAGCUGAUUGUGAGUGUUUUGGGGUCUCUACUAUAGCACGCAUAGUGUUGAAUUAUAGCUUUCAAAUCCAUUUUUAUCUUGUAUUCCGUAGAGGCGUAUUUCCAUCCACACGCGGUGUUGUUUCUUGGACUAACUGGCAGGUAAAGGUGAUCAGACGCGUGGUGAUCAAAGUGUGUAGAUAUUCCUCAUCACUCCGUGCAGAAACCUUUCCUAUCGGCAGCUGUUACCGAGCAAAAGACAACCUUUUUAAAUAGACACACACAAUGAUCUCAAUCAGGAAUUUAUAGCUAAUUGUCUUCAUAAUUUACACCCAGACUGAAGUUGUGUUUCUGUAUAACGUCACAGAAAAAAAAUCUACUAUUCUUUGUGCUGCAGGCAAAAAGAAUAAAGUCUAAUAGUAUUGAAAUGACGCACUAACGGUCACGUUAAUUAAACGCUGGCGGUACAAUCAAGUUGAAUUUGCUAGCCGAUGUAUUUGUGGGUAGCGCGUUUGGGUAAACAGAAGAAUUUUGCUCGUUCACCUUUACGAGUUAAAGAUAACCGGCCCGUUUAUGAGGCCACGUAACUGACCUCUGACCUCUUUAGUGAAAGACGAGCACUCGACGGUCCUUUAUGCACUAACGGUGAACUUUUGAUUCAGCAAGAAAAGUUCAUUCAAAUGUAAAUUAAUCAAUGUGCUGUGAUUAAAAAAAGAAAUAAAAAAUAAUCAAAUGAAUCCACGUCCCGUCUAGUCUACGUUGUUGGGUUCAAAAAGUUGACUCUAAAUAUCGAUGCAGUACCUGUUGGAUCCUGUAGAGAUUUGUUGAUUUCAUUCUUGUACAUAAUCGCUUGCAGUGAAACAUUUUUGUGCACUCAACCCUGGAUUUAUUCUCAAAUCCUGUUAUGUCCUUUGCAUUUUAGAUGAAAAUAAACUGACUCUUGAUGAUUAAAAUA